CUCAGCUGGCCCUUUCUUCACUCUUUUUGGGGACAGGCCAGCAAGUGCCCUCAUAAACUCCGUCUCUCUCUUAUCUACUCUGACCAAACUCAUCUCUACCUCUCUAUCUCUCUAAAGCCCUUUGGAUGGCCUCUUCGACUCCACCACCGCACUACACUCUCACCACCUCGAAACCCUACGAAAACCACCACUUCCACCAUCUCCAGAACCACCAUCAACGGAACCAACGCCAUAACCACCCCUGGACUUCCCAAAAGGUCUCUCUUCACCGCUCCUCACAAACUCAACCAACCCAAAAUGCAGCCAAGCCACCAACCCCUGGUCCCACCACCACCACCACCACAGCUCCUUUGUCCCGAAAUUCUAAUUUUCCCUCCCUUUCUUCAUCUAAAUCAGAACUUGCUGCCGAUUUCUCUGGCCGACGAUCCACCCGAUUCGUCUCCAAAAUGCAUUUCGGCCGCCCGAAAACCGCCUCCACGAGCCGCCACACCUCGACUGCAGAAGAAGCUCUCCAACAGGCGGUUCGGUGCAGUGGAGACGAUAAAUGUAUAGAUAACAUAUUACGUAGUUUCGAAUCAAAGCUUUGUGGGGUAGAUGAUUAUACAUUCUUGCUUCGAGAGCUCGGAAAUCGGAGGGAGUGGUCAAUGGCGAUUCGAUGUUUUGAAUUUGCGAUUCGCCGUGAAAAGAGACGCAAUGAGCUGGGUAAGCUUGCUAGCUCAAUGAUUAGUAUUCUUGGUAGGUUAGGUAAAGUUGAUUUAGCCAAAAAAGUGUUCGAUGAUGCGGUGAAAGAGGGAUAUGGGAACACUGUUUACGCAUAUUCGGCUUUAAUUAGUGCUUAUGCAAAGAGUGGGUACUGUGCUGAGGCCAUUAGGGUCUUUGAGACCAUGAAAGAUUCCGGCUUGAAGCCGAAUCUGGUGACCUAUAAUGCUUUAAUCGAUGCUUGUGGAAAAGGGGGUGCGGAUUUUCGAAGGGCGUCUGGAAUUUUCGAUGAAAUGUUGAGAAAUGGGGUGCAGCCGGAUAGGAUUACCUAUAAUUCGCUUCUUGCAGUUUGUAGUGGUGCAGGGUUGUGGGAUACAGCGCGAAGUUUGUUUAGUGAGAUGGUUUAUAGGGGUAUUGAUCAGGACAUUUAUACUUAUAAUACGCUAUUGGAUGUUGCUUGCAAUGGUGGGCACAUUGAUGUGGCUUUUGAGAUAAUGGUGGAGAUGACCACAAAGAAUAUCUUGCCUAACGAGGUGACUUAUAGUACUAUGAUUCGUGGGUGUGCCAAGGCAGGGAGACUGGACAGGGCUUUAAGUUUAUUCAAUGAGAUGAAAUAUGUGGGCAUUAAGUUGGAUAGGGUGUCUUACAACACUUUGCUCGGUAUUUAUGCCAGCCUUGGAAUGUUUGAGGAAGCUUUGAAUGUUGGCAAGGAGAUGGAGAGUAUUGGGAUUAAGAAGGAUGUCGUGACUUACAAUGCCCUUCUGGAUGGAUUUGGGAAACAAGGCAUGUAUGAUAAGGUUAAGGAACUAUUCCUAGAAAUGAAAUCAGAACAUCUUUUGCCAAACCUGUUGACAUACUCGAUAUUAAUUAGUGUGUACUCAAAUGGUGGGUUGUAUUGGGAGGCAACAGUGGUGUAUAGAGAGUUCAAGCAGCAAGGUUUGAAGGCAGAUGUUGUGUUUUAUAGUAAACUUAUUGAUGCUUUGUGUAAAAAGGGGCUGGUUGAAUCUUCUGCUUUAUUGCUUGAUGAGAUGAUGAAGGAAGGGAUUCAACCAAAUGUUGUUACCUACAAUUCCAUCAUCAAUGCAUUUGGUCAGUCAGAAACUACUGAAUGUGCAGCCGAUGGUGAGUCACAGAUUGACCACUCACCUUUGAUGGUUCUUGAGGAUGUCGCUGAAAGCAAGACUGAAGACACAGAACAAGAUAGGAUAGUAAACAUUUUUGAACAGUUAGCUGCUGACAAAUCAUGUCAUGCAACGAUAGAUACAAGGGGCGGACAGGAGAUUCUCUGUGUAUUGGGAAUUUUUCAAAAGAUGCAUGAGCUGAAUAUAAAACCCAAUGUUGUCACCUUUUCAGCAAUUCUCAAUGCUUGCAGCCGGUGUAGUUCAUUUGAAGAAGCUUCAUUGUUGUUGGAAGAACUUCGUUUGUUCGAUAAUCAAGUCUAUGGUGUGGCACGUGGACUUCUCAUGGGCGAUAGGGCAAAUGUAUGGGUGCAAGCUUUAUCCCUUUUUGAUGAUGUGAAGCAGAUGGACUCUUCAACGGCAUCUGCCUUUUAUAAUGCUUUGACUGACAUGCUGUGGCAUUUUGGUCAGAAACGAGGAGCCCAAUUGGUUGUGCUUGAAGGGAAACGUCGACACGUGUGGGAGAAUACCUGGUCUGAUUCUUGUUUAGAUUUACAUCUAAUGUCUUCGGGUGCUGCCCGUGCAAUGGUCCAUGCUUGGUUGCUCAAUAUACGCUCUGUUGUGUUUGAGGGUCAUGAGUUGCCAAAACUAUUGAGCAUUUUAACAGGAUGGGGCAAACACAGCAAAAUAGUUGGUGAUGGUACACUGAAGCGAGCCAUUGAGGCGCUUCUCAGUGGCAUGGGUGCUCCGUUCAGGGUUGCCAAGUGUAAUAUUGGGAGGUUUAUAUCAACCGGGGCAGUGGUGGCUGCCUGGUUGAGAGAAUCAGGUACGCUAAAAGUGCUUGUUCUCCAGGAUGACAGAACUCACCCACCAGAAACCAUGAGGAUUGAUCAUGUUUCCAAUUUUCAAACGCUCCCAUUGUAGUUGUGUAUCAUGUUGCUUUUGCGUUUUGGAUUGUGCUUUUAAAAUGUUAAUUAAUGCAAAUUAAGUCAUUACUAAAUAUGUAUGUCCUCCUCCCCUCCCCCCUUUUCUUUCUCUCUCAUCUUCUCUGGGUGUGUUUGUGUGAGGAAAACUCCCUUGUUUAUAUUUGGGACUGGGGUUGAUGGACUUCCUGGUGAUUUGUGUGUCAACAAUAACAAACAUUGUUUUUU